CAAUUUUAUUAGAUCUCUCUCUCCAAUUUUCUUUUUUUUAUAAAAUUUUCGGCCCAUUUGUCUCCGAUCUGGUAAAUAUAUAAAAAUAAAUAAAUAAAUACCCCCUUUAUUUAUGGUAAAUAAAUAAAUAAAAUUAAUUUUGUACUGUUCAAAUUUGAAAAUUAUUAGCAGCUGUUGCUGCAUCAUUUACUAUAUAUUUUACAAAAAUAAAUAAUAAAUAGAUAGAUAAAAUCUCAACAGGAUUUACUCCCCCGGUUCGUGAUUUGUUUUUCUAGGGUAUCAUCAUCAUCAUCAUCCAUUUUCACCGGAGAUCUAAUCAAAUCAGAGAUAUGGCUGCUCCGCCCGCUAGAGCUCGAGCCGACUACGAUUACCUCAUUAAACUCCUCUUGAUCGGCGACAGCGGUGUGGGUAAGAGUUGCCUUCUUUUACGGUUCUCAGAUGGUUCCUUCACCACCAGUUUUAUCACAACUAUUGGGAUUGAUUUUAAGAUUCGAACCAUUGAGCUGGAUGGGAAACGUAUCAAACUGCAAAUCUGGGAUACUGCAGGGCAGGAGCGCUUCAGAACUAUCACCACUGCUUACUAUCGUGGGGCCAUGGGUAUUCUCCUUGUUUAUGAUGUGACCGACGAGUCUUCUUUCAACAACAUCAGGAAUUGGAUUCGUAAUAUUGAACAACAUGCUUCUGACAAUGUCAACAAAAUAUUGGUUGGUAAUAAAGCUGACAUGGAUGAGAGCAAAAGGGCUGUUCCUACCUCCAAGGGUCAAGCCCUGGCUGAUGAAUAUGGAAUAAAGUUCUUUGAGACUAGUGCAAAAACAAAUUUGAAUGUAGAGGAGGUUUUCUUUUCAAUAGCUCGUGAUAUUAAGCAAAGACUUGCUGAAAGUGACUCCAAGAGUGAGGUAUUACUUUCAUCCAACACAUCUUACUGAUGGAUACGUAUCAGUUUUUCUUCUUUAUCCUCUUCUGUUUCAAAUCUGGCAUAGUAUGGAAAGUUGACAUCCAAUUUCCUGGUAAAUGAAUAUCUAAACAGCAGUCGAAAAGUUACUGUACUGCUUACAUUCUUUUGGAUUGUUGUAUGAGAUCACUGCUUUCUUUCUAGAUCAAUCUCUUCCUCAGUGUGUCUGCUUACAAUCUCUUGGAUGGUUGUAUGAGAUCUGUGCUUUCUUUCUAGAUCAAUCUCUUCCUCAGCGUGGGAAAACAAAAGGAUUUUGGAGUGUUUUUGCGAAUUUGAUGCGGGUACUUACUGAUAUGUCUUGUUUGUCUGCAGCCUCAAUCCUCCUCCAUCCAUAUAAACAAAGACCAGGGAUCAGGGGCUGCUCAAGCUGCCCAGAAAUCAGCAUGCUGCGGUUCUUAAACAUAUCAUUUCAUCUAAAUCUGGUUAGGAAGCUGUCGAAGAAGGAAACAAAAUAUUAUGACGGCUACAUAUUUUGAUGGUACUUUUCUCAGUGGAGUAGCUAUCUUGUGGUGACGAUAAUGGAUUUGCUUGUAUUGUUCUGACUAUCAUUUAUUUAUUCAGUGCUUAGUUGUGUUAUACUGGCAGCUUUUACUUGGAGGAAGAAGAAGUAUAUAAAUUCUAUCUGUUAUUUGUUGAACAAUUCUGCUCUGAACUAAAACCGAAAACGAAAUCAGACUGGAUAUUUCUUUCUUUCAUUGUCAUAGCAAAGUACGCAGACAUGAUAUCGUAUCCAAUUUUCAAACUGUUGUGUCGCAUAGCGCUGUCAGGAAGCAGAAUAGUUGUGGUUAAUCAGUA